CUGCCUCACUUGUCAGAGGGGAGUACUUUUCUCAGAAAUGAAAGUGCACAGGGACAUCUGUAUAGGGACAUCCGUUCAGGAAUCAGAUAGGGAUGGAGAGGAAAGUCAUGGGGAGGCUUAUGUUAGGGAACCGGAUGUGGUCAGUGAGAGCUCCCAGUAAGGCCGGAGUCAGCAGGGACAUCUGUUGCAAGUGCAGUAGUUGUGACUGACAGUGAAGAGUUUGAGCACAGAGCAUCAGACUGUGAAUGGGGGCUGAUUGAAAAUCCAGCUCAAGCUUCCAAAGUUUUCAAGGAGAGCUUACUUAUGGAACAUGCAUCUGGAAAGCCACUUAAACUAAAGAUGGAUAUGAGGGACACUGAGGAAGACCGAGAGCGUGCACUUCUGUCAUUCUAUAAACAGCAACGUGAAUGGGCAUGUCCUCUUCAAUGUGCCCUUGAUGGGGAUGCUGCUGUUGGACAGGGAGUGGUGCGAUAUUUUCUGACAACAAUAAUAUCCAAACUUCAGUUUGGAUUCAGUCUAAAUCUCGGUGGCACAGGUCGAACGCUGUUAUUUGAGGGUCAGCCUGACCACCUCGUUCCAGCCACAUCAGAGGCCCUUAUUGAAAGCAAUCUCUUCCAGGUUGCUGGAAGGAUGUUGGCUCAUUCCUUCUUGCGUGAUGGCCCAUGUGUGACAGGAUUAAGUCCGGCUAUAAUCCAUGUGUUGUUCAAUGGGGACCCAGAAAUUGCAACAAUUGUCACAGAAGACUGUCCCGAUCUACACAUCAGGAGCAUAAUAGAAAUGCUUGAAACUGAAGAACUUACUCAGGAGCAGGAGGACACUGUCUCAAAUCUAUCCAUGUCGUGGGAUCUUCCAGCAGUCACAAAAACUAAUAGGAGAUGGCUACAGAACAAACUGUAGG